AUGGCCAGUCAUGAGGAUAGAGGGAUGGAGCUUUCUGAAGAGGAGUUCUAUGUGCAGAGAUCAAGUGCAGUUAAGGCAGAGCUUGCCGGUGGGAACGAAAUGUAUCCUCACAAGUUUGAGGUAAGCCACUGCUUUAGGGAGAUACUGGAUAUGGCAGGCAAGGAAUCGACGCCUUUUGUAGGAGGUGAAGUUGUGAGGUCAGCAGGGAGGAUUAUGAACAUACGUAUGCACUCAAGGUUUUGCUUUUUCUAUGUGGUUUCUGGAGGAGAAGCGAUUCAGCUUGUUGUUAACAUUAAGGAGCAGGAUGCAAAGAGAAGCAGUGCUGUAAGAUUUGCAAAGAGAGGAGAUGUGGUUGGGUUUGUGGGAAACCCUGGAAGGACAAAGACACUGGAGCAGUCUGUGUUUGUGUGUGAUCUUGAUGUUGUUGCGCCAUGCAUGAGAACAAUUCCCACUGAGCACUUUGGGCUGAGAGAUGCAGAAACAAUAUACAGGAAAAGGCAUCUUGAUCUGCUGAUUAACAAGGAGUCGAGGGAGAGGUUUGAGACAAGGGCAAGGAUAGUGAAGUAUGUGCGGGCUUUUCUAGACUUCAGAGGGUUUAUGGAAGUUGAGACGCCGAUGAUGAACUUGAUUCCCGGCGGAGCAGCAGCAAAGCCGUUCAUUACGCACCACAACGAGCUAAAGCUUGAUCUGUACAUGAGGGUUUCGCCCGAGCUGUAUCUUAAGAAGCUUGUGAUUGGAGGGUUUGAUAGGGUGUAUGAGAUGGGGAAGCAAUUCAGAAACGAGGGCAUCGACCUGACCCACAAUCCUGAGUUUUCAUCAUGCGAGUUUUACAUGGCAUAUGCAGACUACAAUGAUAUUAUGGAUAUGACGGAGGAGAUGCUGUCUGGAUUGGUGCACGAGCUAUUUGCAAGUGAAGUUGUGAGAUAUGAGCCUAAGAAGCGUGGAGAGGAGGCAAAGCCUGUUGAGAUUUCGUUCAGUAGGCCGUUCAGGAGAAUAAGCAUUCUUGAAGAGCUGAAUGCCAAGCUUGGAUUGGAGCUUACUGGAGAGAAUCUUGAGGAUGAGAAAACUCUUGAAAAGCUUAUGGAUGUGUGUGCCAAGGAGAAUGUUGCAGUUGAGAAGCCGCACACACUUGCAAGGGUUCUUGACAAGCUAAUUGGGCAUGUUAUUGAGCCUCAAUGUGUGAGCCCGACGUUUAUCAAGGACUAUCCUGUGGUGAUGUCUCCGCUUGCCAAGAGGCAUAGGUCGAAGGUAGGCCUUACUGAGCGUUUUGAGCUUUUUAUCAACAGCAAGGAGAUCUGCAAUGCAUACACAGAGCUUAACAAUCCGUUUGAGCAGAGAGAAAGGUUUGAGCAGCAGGCAAAUGACCAGAAUGCCGGAGAUGAGGAAGCAAUGAUGCUUGAUGAGGAUUUCUGCACUGCUCUUGAGUAUGGUCUACCACCCACGGGGGGAUGGGGGCUUGGUGUUGAUCGCUUGGUGAUGUAUCUGACGAAUGCAGCGAACAUAAAAGAUGUUAUUUUUUUCCCAGCAAUGAAGCCUGAGUGA